AUGGUCUAUGCUGCUUGCAAGGACUCGGCCAUCAGAGUAUGGAAUGUAAACAAUGGACAAAAGAUGGAUACAUUGUCAUCACAUAGUGGAUCAGUCCGUGCUCUGGAGGUCAAAGGUCAUCAUCUGAUCAGUGCUGGUGAUGACAAGGUCGUUAGAGUAUGGGAUGUUCACAGGGCACAAGUGAUCACCUCACUAAGAUCACAUCAGCAAUCAAUCAACUCAAUAUUGGUUGGUCAUGGAGUGAUCAUCAGUUCAUCAUUGGAUCAAACUACCAGGGUUUGGGAUCUGCGGACUCCACGUCCAGUUCACACAUUUGAAUCAGAUUCAUCAGUGACUUGUUUGGCAUUGGAUCGAAGAAGAGUGCCAACAUGGGAUGAUGGAAACAUUGCCAGUGGUCUAAACAAUGGAUAUAUUGAUCUAUGGUGUAUGAAGACUGGAUCAAUGAUUGCAUCAACCAAGGAGCCAUUGCUAUGUCCUGUACAUCACAUUGAGUAUAUGAACAACUCAAUAUACACAUCGGACUAUAAUGAUGUACUGUCGUGGGACUUGAAUGACACGAGUCCGUCGAGGGGCACCAGACCAUUCCACAUGAUGACACCAAAUCGAGUAUUUAGAGGUCACCAAAAGGCAAUCAAUAAUCUUCAAAUCAAGGCAUCAUGUGCUAUCAAUCAUAUAGACCUGAGCAAAGAUCGUUUAGUUAGUAGUUCAGAGGAUGGUAGUAUCAGAGUAUGGAACUAUUCCAACAGUGUUGAGGUAAUCAAUAAAGAGGAGUAA